GACGGCGGCCGAGGGGGAACCACACUGAAGUCAGCGCUGUGAGGGCGGGCGGAGGGGGCGGGGCCCGUAGGGCCAACUCCGCCCCCUGCGUGCAUGCUCCGGCCCCCGCGGCGUGGUAUAAGGCGGCGGCGCCCACCCCUCCCCACAGUGUCUGGCGAACUCCCGGGGCGUGAGGGGCGCCAGGCGCGGAGAGGAGCUCCGCCCCGAGCCGCCCCGUCACGUCACGCUCACGCGGCGCCGCGACCCGCGCACAACGAAAAAAAUUUGUGAAAUUCAUGCCAUGGAGCAUUUCUAUUUAACCUCAGAACCCAGAUUGUUUCCUUUGAACUGAGAUGUUGCAGCUUCUAUUAACUCAAAUGGAAAUUUUAGAAAUCUUGGAGAUAUUUUUAUUAUCCUACCUUCAGCAUACGUAGGUGAAAUGCUCUGGGACAGAUAUUUGGAUUUGAACUGCAUUUUAGAAUUCAUCUUUACUUACAAUGCCACCAUCAAACGGAGGUCCAGUUGGAUACACGCCCCCAGAUGGAGGCUGGGGGUGGGCAGUGGUUGUUGGAGCUUUCAUUUCCAUUGGCUUCUCUUGUGCUUUUGGCAAAUCUAUUACUGUAUUUUACAAAGAAAUUGAAGAAAUAUUUAAAGCCAGCACCAGCGAAGUGUCAUGGUUAUCUUCCAUCACGUUUGCUGUCAUGUAUGGUGGAGGUCCUAUCAGCAGUAUCCUGGUGAAUAAAUAUGGCAGUCGUCCAGUUAUGAUUGUUGGCGGCUGCUUGUCAGGCUGUGGCUUGAUCACAGCUUCCUUCUGUACCACUGUGCAGGAACUUUACUUGUGUGUCGGAGUCAUUGCAGGUCUUGGGCUUGCCUUCAACUUGAAUCCAUCUCUGACCAUGAUUGGCAAGUAUUUCUACAAGAGGCGACCAUUAGCAAAUGGACUGGCCAUGGCAGGCAGCCCUGUGUUCCUCUCCGCCCUGGCCCCCCUCAACCAGGCUCUUUUUGCUGUCUUUGGCUGGAGAGGAAGCUUCCUAAUUCUUGGAGGCAUCCUACUAAACUGCUGUGUGGCUGGAGCCCUGAUGAGACCAAUAGGGCCCAAGCCAACAACUGCAGGGAAAGAGAAGUCUAAAGAAUCCCUUCAGGAAGCUGGAAAAUGUGAUGCAAACAUGGGGGCAGGUGAUGCAAAUACAGAAGUUAAUGGCAGAAACCCCCCAAAGGAGAAACAAUCCGUUUUCCAAACAGUUAACAAACUUCUGGACUUAUCCCUAUUCAAACACAGAGGCUUUAUGCUGUACCUCUCUGGGAAUGUGAUAAUGUCUUUUGCGCUGGCUACACCUUUAGUCUUUCUUAGUAAUUAUGCCAAGAGUCAACAUCACUCUAGUGAGAAGUCUGCCUUCCUUCUUUCCAUUCUGGCUUUUGUUGACAUGGUAGCCAGACCUUCUAUGGGAUUUGUAGCCAACACAGAGUGGAUAAGACCUCGAGUUCAGUAUUUUUUUGCUGCUUCUAUUAUUGCAAAUGGAGUGUGUCAUAUGCUAGUACCCUUAUCCUCUAGCUAUAUAGGGUUCUGUCUUUAUGCGGGAUUCCUUGGAUUUGCUUUUGGGUGGUUUGGCGCCGUAUUGUUUGAAACGCUGAUGGACCUGGUUGGAUCCCAGAGGUUCUCCAGUGCUGUGGGAUUGGUGACCAUUGUGGAAUGCUGUCCUAUUCUCCUGGGGCCACCAAUUUUAGGUCGUCUCAGUGACAUAUACGGAGACUACAAAUAUACAUACUGGGCAUGCGGCAUAAUCCUUAUUGUCUCAGGCAUCUAUCUCUGCAUUGGCAUGGGCGUCCAUUAUCAACUUGAGGCAAAAGAACAGAAGGCAGAGGCGAAGCAGAAUAAGGAAAGUAAAGAGAUGGAACCAAAAGAAGUUAUUAAAGCUGCAGAAUCUCCAGAACUGAAAGGCACAGAAGCAGGACCCAAAGAGGAGAAACUUUCAGGCUGAAGUCAGAGAUAAACAGAAGCUUUGGAGCAAAGAUACUUGAAAAAUUCUACUCAAUCAUGUUCUACUCUUGGUGCUAACAGUGGAUAGUGGACAUUUGUGUGGAAGUCAUACCAGGUGUUCAUUGAUAGAACUUUUAUUUCCUUCCUUUACAACAGUCAUAAUAAAUAUGUCACGUCCUUUAGGGGCAGGGGAUUUGCAAAAGGUGACAGAAGGAAAAAGCUUUUAUUUGAAGUCAUAUUUAUUAAGGUAUACCUUAAAUACUUACAAAUCUCUUUUAUAAGAGUAAAGUUUAAUGAAUUUUGACACAAGUAUUUUGUCAAAUAACUACCACACUAAUAUAGAAUAUUUCAAACAGCCAAAAUAAUUCCCUUCUGCUCCUUUGCAGUUAAUCCCCUCCCCUUAACUAUAGCCCCUGGCAGCCACUGCUCUGAUUUCUGUCCCCUAUAGUUUUGUCUUUUCCAGAAUGGAAUAAAUGGAAUCACAUAGUAUGUAACUAUGGCACAAUUGUGUAUAUAUAUGGUCUUUAUCCUCAGUUCCUGGUAUACAGGUCCUAGAAGCCUUGGAAUCUCUGGAGUGAUAAGAGUCUCUUUUGCAUGCUAAUUAGGUGACUGGUGGCUGGAGACCCCUUUCUUAACUUCAGGAUAGGGGCUAGUCUCCAAAAAGGCCAAAGCAUGAUUGGAAGGUUGGAACUUUCAGCCCCAUCCUCUGACCUCUGAGAAGGGGAGAGGGGCUGGAAGUUGGGUUCAAUUAUUAAUGUCCAAUGAUAUAAUCAAUCAUGCCUAUGUAAUAAAACCCCCUAAACUACAGAGAGCUUCCUGGCUGGUGAAUACUUUGAGGUACUGGGAGAGUAGUGUGCCCAGAGAGGGCAUGGAAGCUCCCUACCUCCCCUCCCCCCCAUAUUUUACCCUAUGCCUCUCUUCCAUCUGGCUGUUCUGAAUUGUAUCCUUUAUAAUAAAUCACUGAACGUAAGCAAAGUGUUUCCUGAGUUCUGUGAUCCAUUCUAGUAAAUUAUCAAACUUGAUGGAGUCAUGGGAACUCCCAAUUUAUAGCUGAUUGGUCACAAGUACAGGUGGCAACCUGGGACUUGAGACUGGAAUCUGAAGUGAGGGCAGUCUUGUGAGACUAAGCCUUUAAAUCUGUGGAAUCUGACACUAACUCUGGGUACUUUAUGUCAGAAUUGAACUGUAGGACACCCAGUUGGUGUCUGGAGAGUUGGCGCAAUGGUUGUUGGUAUGGAAAUAACCCACACAUUUGGUGUCAGAAGUGUUGUGAGUAAAAGCAGUUGGGAGUAGCCUUUUGUGUCUGGCUUCUUUCACAAGAGCAUAAUGUUUUAUGGUUCAUCCAUGUGGUUGUAUUUUUCAGUAGUUCAUUGCUUUUUAUUGCUGAGUAGUAUUUCUUUGUAGAGAUGUACCAUAAUUUGUAUAUCCUUCCCCCAGUUGGACAUUUGAGCUUUGUUCUAAGUAAAGAGAUCUGUGCAGACAUAUGCUUUCAUUUCUCUUGGGUAAAUGCCUAGGAUUGGAGUUGCUGGGUCAUAUGGCAAGUGCAUCUUUAACUUUGUAAGAAACUAUCAAACUCUUUUCUCAGUAGCUAUACCAUUUGGUAAUCCCACUAGCGAUGUAUGAAAAUUCUAGCUAUUCUACAUCCUUGUCAGCACUUGGCAUUGCCGAUCUUUUUAACUUUCCCGUUCUACUUGGUAUGUAGUGUGUGACAUUUCCCUGAACAUUAAAGAUGUUGACCAUUUUUCCAUGUGCUAUCCUCCGUAUAUUUUUAGAGAAGGUUUUUUUUUUUUUUUUUUUUUUUUUUUUUUUGGG